UGCUGCCGCCUUCCAGUCUUUGUGGCCUUUCUCACACACCUUUUUCUCGCGUGGGCUUGAUUGUGUGACCAUGCGGGUGCUGCUGCCUGACGGCGAGGAAAAAGGGAAUGACCCCUCUUUCGCUCCUGUUGCGACAGCAACACCCGGAAAUGACGACGACGCGGCGGGUUUAGGACCUUCGCCUCAACACCUCCCAGUCUCUCCUCACGCGGACCAACCCCCCCAACCGCACCCAAGAGCUCCAUCGAGAGAGGCGGCAGCAGAUGUCCUUCGUCCCAGAACGAACGGUAAGCAACGCCCCACUAACGUGGCAGAACCGUCGAAGGAUAAUAUCGCCUUGGAGGCGAAUGUGGAUGAUGGGCGUGACGUGUCGACAGCAAAUGCCGCUCAAGGAUUCCGGCCGGCGGCAAGGACCUCUGCCCGUGAUGCCGCGGAUCGCUUCUCGUCAUCAGGAGCCGGCGGCGCUGGGGGCGCGAGUGGGUCGAGGAUAGAGCCCAGAGGUGGACUCUCGCAGGAGGCCGCCGCUGUUGCUACCGAAAACGACAUGGAGGAAGCGUUCGAGGCUGAGCUUAAGGCAAAGGGUUGGCAAUUGCGAAGACAGGAAGGCGACGGAAACUGUCUAUUCCGAGCAAUCAGUCAGCAGAUUUAUGGAGACCCAGGCAUGCAUGGCGAUAUCCGCCGCCAAUGCCUAGACUUCAUGCGCAAGGAGCGAGACCACUACUCCCAGUUUGUGUCCGAGGCAUUUGACAGCUACGUCAGCCGCAAGGAAAAAGACGGCGUGCACGGGAAUAACCCCGAGAUGCAGGCUGCUAGCGAGCUGUUCAAUCGCCCUAUUGAGGUCUACGUGCCGGAGAAAGGAACUGCUCCGAUCAAUAUCUUCCACGGAGGAUACCGUUCGGGCAAUGCUCCCAUCCGAGUUAGCUACCACGGAGGAAACCAUUACAAUGCAAUCGUGGACCCUGAGGAAGCCAGCGUUGGACAGGGCCUGGGGAUUCCUGGCCUGUCGAAAGAGGCUGCAGAAAAGGAGUCUCUCAAGCGCGCGUUGGCAGAAUCCUGCUCGUCCGCUCAUCACGUUUUUUCUGGCGAAUCGCCGACGUUCUUCAAAGGAGGGCGGGGAACGCAUGGUUCAUUUGGGGAGGGCUUCGGGGAGUCUGAUCUGAGAGCUACCGAAGAAGAGUUGGAGCAGGCGGCCAUAACUGCUUCUCUCGCCGACUUUCGCGGCACAACCGGUGGCGGCGGGAGCAGCAACAACGGCAAGAGCGACGGUGCCGCCUUUUCCGUCCCUCGGCGGGGAGGCAGGGGUAGCGGUGGGAGAUUUAUUGGACGCGGAGCAGCCAGCAGGGUUUCUGGAGGUCGCGAAGAACGGGGGGGGGGGGGUGCCGCUGCAUGGGCGAGUGGUGCUGGGUCGUCGGCGGGUAGGGUGGAGCGUGGGGGGUGGACGAGCAGUGGCGGAGGAGCAGCAGAAGAAGAAGGCAGCGGAAAGUCUCGAAAGCGCCGAAGGCCUGGAAGCCCGCCUGGCGAAGGUUCGCGAAAAGCAUCACCGAACUCAGCUGAUGGCUCUACAAGCAGCGCCGUGAGAGAGAUGGUAUGGUCCUACGGCUUCCCACUGGCACGAGUCGUUGCAGCCCAUGACCUCGUGGGCGAGAGCGUGGAAGAUAUGCUUGUUUUGCUCACAUCGGAUGGUUUUCAGCCGCCAGAAAAUGGCGACCGGCGAUAGAUGACUGCCCGUUUCGCCCACUCAUACCUCGCGCGGAGUAAGUCGAAUCUUCAGGAAUGCACACCGUGAGACGCACACCAGUAGAACAUUCGAGUGGUGGACAUUUUGUUGAUAAUUGCGGGACGAAAUAUUCUGCUUUCCAUAGGUUUAGAGCUGCUGUUGUUGAUGUUUCUGUGGUUCUCGUGUGAUGGGGUGACAGUUGUGAUGGAACAUAUUGAUUGGUUGGAACGGGGCGAGACACUGUUUUCGGGAAAGGUUUGCCCUAGCGUGAGUGACGGGUUAAAGGUCUGUCGAGUGUCCGCCCACCUUGCGAUCGUGCUUUGUAGCAUUAUAGCAUCAUCCAAUAUAGCUAAGGCUAUGUGUUCCCUGUUUUCCAUGAUUGUAUAUACGCCAUGGGACUACAAGAGUUCUUGCUUGCUUGGUCCGACUUCGUUAGAGUGCUGGUCGGGUUCAUGGCGAAACACACGCCGGGUUUUUGAACCCAACUAAUUGUGCUUUCCGCGGAGCAACUGUUACGGUUGCCUCCUCUGGUGUUCCGUCAUCGAAAAGACUACACUAAACAAAGGCACCAUAGACCCCACGUGGAUUCACC